UAAUCCCCAAUUCUAUUCGUCCUCUUCCAGAAUCCGUGGCAACCAGAAAAUCUUGCGUUUGGGCAAGAUUUAGCUAUUCGCAUAAAAAAUAAGUAAAAUCAAGGAGUAAAUAUGGCAGUUACAAUGAAGAGCAAGAUAAGGCUAUCGGUAAGCAGGAAAGAAGACAGAAUAAGCCAAUUGCCAGAUUCUCUUCUCCAUCACAUCCUCUCUUUUCUGAACGCCAUUGAUGUUGUUCGUACUAGUUUUUUGUGCAAACGAUGGAGGUAUUUAUGGACUUCUGUUCCUUCUCUUGAAUUCAGUGACCAAAUCAUCAACACAGGCAUUGCUGGCUCUAAAUCGCUUUUUUUCACUAACUUUAUCAAUCAAUUUCUACUGCGUCGUGAGUUUUCUCCCAUUGACAAGUUCAUCAUCAGGUCAUAUUUAAAUGUUAAAGCUAUUGCAGUAGAAUCUUUUAUUGGUUAUGCAAUGAAACUUGGGGUUAAACAGCUUGAUAUAGAUUGCUUUUUCUCUACACAAGAAGAUCUAAGAGUUGGUCCCAUGAAGUCAUCUCCUCGUUUCUUCAGUUGCAAUUCGUUAACAACGCUAAAAUUGAACUUUCACGGAGGCAUAUUUACUAUUCCUACAUCCUUGGGGUUGCCAUCUUUGAAGACUUUACAUCUUAUUUACUUUGGAAAUUUUGAUGGGAAUGUCUUUUCAACCUGUCCAAAUCUUGAAACUCUUAUACUUGAGGACCUAUUCUUGUAUGGUAUCAAAAGUUUCAAUAUUAAUGCCCCCAAUUUGAAAAGCUUGGUUUUAGAUAUUAGCGAGACUGAUGAUCCCAUGUUUAUGAUUUCUGCUCCAAAGCUUACCAAAUUCAAGUUUACUACUGGUCAGCUUGUAGUCUUCUCUAUUAACAAUCUUAACUCCCUUGAUGAAGUGGAUUUCGAUUUGAUUUUCGAGUUUAAUCAGGAUGAAACAGACGACGAGUUUUGUCUUAAUUUAGUCAACAUGCUUAAUGAGUUUCACAAUGCAAAAUCCAUCACUUUAUCCUGGGAUACAUUUGAGGUUCUUUCCAUGUUUCCUGAUACACUAAAUGAGCAUCCGUCGCAGUUUUCCAAUUUAAAGUAUCUUAAGUUGGGACGUACAUGGCGAAAGCAUGUUAGUCUACCUGGCUGUGUCCUAGCUUACUUUCUUAAGAAUUCUCCAUCACUGAAAGUGUGUUUGCAGAAUUUUUAAAGGUACAAAUGCCAAAGGAGUAGUUUUUUUUUUUUGGAGGCAACUCUUUUUGGGAACUCCAUUGUGAGCUUGGGUACUGAUUUGAGGAUUGUGUUCUCCUACUGGAAUUUAUCUUACUUUUUAAGUGGUUGGUCUUUCAAUUACUAAUGAUAUUUUGGGGGUUGUAAGGACAUGUUUCUCAACUCAUGAUUAUUCUUGCAGUGCUAUCACUUUUAGAUAUUUGAUUUUUAGAUUAUUUUUUAGAAUUUUUAGUAUUUUUAAUAUGCUGAUUUGAGGCUUGGAAUCUUUGAUGGGAACUGAUUUUACUUUAAAA